GAAACGACUUUUGGAAAAAGGCUGGAAUGGAUGUUUUACUGGAUUGGGUGACGGACCCGGAAAACGAUGCCUGACUAAGGAAUACAGGAAGGGUCUCUGGCACCAAAGUCUGCGAUAUUCACCGGGAGAUAGCUGUACUUGUCAACCAGCAAUGUGGGACAGAGUGGAAGUCUGAGGAUGUCAGGAGCAAUAUCAGAGGCAUUGAAAAGAAGUACAAAGAUGCCCACGCCUUGAUAACGUCGACGGGCGAAGGUUACAACGGCACCAAAACAUUACAGGAACGAAUGUAUGAUAUCUGCCCGCUCUAUGACCGAUUACAUCAAGUGUAUGUAUCCAGCGUUAUCAAGAAUCCUCCUCCUCUUAAGCAAUCUGAGCCUGGUCCUAUUCCUGUUCCUGCUGCUUCCGGUGAUAACUUCUUUGCCUCUGAGCUCGACAAUGACGACGAUUCUGGCGACGCAUCUGAAGAUGUAGAUUCACGAGCGAGUAGGCGGAGCACAAGGGAUGGUAGCGUAAUAACCACGGCAUCUACGAGAUCCACAAAAGCGAGGUCGAAAACUCCAGAAGCAAAUACUCUCCAGACACUUUCUGAUACACUUCAAGAGGUGAAGGAAAUUUGUCAGAGCCUUGAUAACAGAGGGAAUGCCUCGUCGUUGCCAGGUUAUAUGGAAUCAUUUAUGCUGCGACGCAUCCAGGAACUUGAACAAGAAAAGCAGGAACUUAGGCGCGAGAUGCGAGUCCUCAAGGAUCAACUAAGCGCGAGCGAAAGGGCGGCGAUUAAGCUGCAGCUGGAUCAUUGCAACGAGAAGGAAGAGUUCCUGCGUCGAUGUCUGUUAGUACGGUUCUUAUUUCUCAACACAUAUGCCUUCAGUCCCUCCCUCUUUCUCCUAGCCUCAUUUCUGUCCUCCUGCUCUGCUUCAACCUGCCGCACCUCAUUCUCCACCAAAUCAUCAUUAUCACCAUCUUCAGCAGCGGGGUUAUCGACGUCUUGAAGCACCUCGUCGUCCAGAAUCACCUCUGUUGCAUCUUCACGAACGAAAUUGUGCAAGACAACACAUGCACAAAUCCACCUGGAUGCCCUUUCGAUAUCUUGAACGCACUUAAUCACGACUGGCAGGUUUUGAAGAGACGCAAACUUCAUCUUGAGCAUACCAAAAGCAUGCUC